AUGACUUCUGACUCAGUAAUUAGGAACGAGAAUGAAGCUACGGAAACCACACCCUUGAUACACUUUCAACAGCAUCCCAUCCUGUCAACACCAAAUACCGCUCAAGGGGAUGUUCCUUACAAUGAAUACCAUACAAUUGACUGGCUUCAAGACCUUAUGAAAGACAGCCAAAGGCGCGAUGUUUCAGGUCUGAACGUCCGCUACGGAAUCCGUUACCGCAUCGCUGAACUCUGGGUUGCCUCGCAAGGAUGGUUCGCUGCAUUUGCUAUUGGUCUUCUCACAGCAUCUGUCGCAGCUGUGGUGGACAUUAGUGUUGAGACAGUAGCGGACUGGAAAGACGGAUAUUGUAUCAGAAACCCGCUUCUUAGCCGUCGAGCAUGCUGUGCCUUUGAGGAGACAUGUCAGGGUUGGAAACCAUGGACGGAGAGCUAUGCAUUUGCAUACGUUAUCUACGUGGGCUCUGCACUGGCUUUUGGUAUCAUCGCUGGAAGUGUCACCAUGACCACAAAGUCAACCCUAACCUCGGUUGCCCCCGAGAACGAAAGCUCAGAGACGAAAACGUCAGAUCAAGUUGGAAAAAGUGGCGGAAAAACUAUGUACAUGGCUGCAGGAAGUGGCAUACCUGAGAUCAAAACAGUUCUCUUAGGUUUCUCCAUUCCUCAUCUCUUCGACCUCAAAGUCCUUAUCGUCAAAGCGGUCGGAGCAACUUUCGCUGUCGCAACUGGAAUGUGUUUAGGAAAAGAAGGGCCCUUUGUACACAUAUCAGCCUGCGUUGGGUAUCUCGUCACCAUCUGCUUCCCAAAGUACGCCAACGAUCAGCGGAAGUUGAGGGAAAUGCUCAGCGUGGCCUGUUCAGCGGGAUUGUCUGUUGCAUUUGGUGCUCCAAUUGGCGGUGUUCUGUUCAGCUAUGAGGAGAUCAGCACUCAUUUCCCUCGUCGCGUCCUUUGGCGAAGUUGUCUUUGCUCUGUUGUUGCUGCAGCUGUCUUGAAGGAACUCAACCCUACUGGGACAGGCAAGCUUGUUCUUUUUGAGACGAAUUAUGGUGUCGACUAUGAUGCUCUCCAUUACUUUGUUUUUAUCAUCCUUGGGAUCUGCGGCGGUAUUUUUGGUGGUGUAUUCUGCAGAGCCAACUUUCUCUGGGCCAAGUCAUUCCGACAGAUUCCUCUCAUCAAGAAUAGCCCUGUGUUUGAGCUGGCGCUUGUCACACUGGUAACUGCCGUGCUUCAGUUUCCCAACGUUUUGAUCAGAGAAACAGGAGAUAUUGUCAUGCAGCGACUUCUGGUUGACUGUAAUGACGUCGAAGAGGACUGGAUCUGUCAACAAGAGGCUAAACUUACCGGCAAGGGAACAUACUACGCAUGGUUGAUCUCUGGGACGUUCGUAAAGCUCCUUCUGACAACUAUCACCUUUGGCUGCAAAGUCCCAUCUGGCAUUAUCAUCCCCGCCAUGGACGCUGGUGCCCUCUUCGGUCGGACGAUCGGUCAACUUAUUCCCGACAUCUCACCAGGUGUUUUCGCCAUGGUCGGGUCAGCAGCGUUUCUAGCUGGAGUCAGCAGAAUGACUGUCAGUUUGGCUGUCAUCAUGUUUGAACUCACGGGGGAGGUUAAUUUCAUUCCUCCGUUUAUGAUCGCUAUCCUUACAGCCAAAUGGGUAGCUGAUGCUAUUAGUGCUGAUGGUGUUUAUGACUUGGCCCAGCAUUUGCAGGGACACCCUUUCUUGGACGCUGAAGUGGCUAUCAAAAGAGUCAGAGAAUAUAGGGACAAUGAGGGUAGCGCAACGGUAGAUGUACUCAUUCCUUCAAAAGAUGUAGUCGGCGACGUGAUUGUGUCUGUUGGGCCUGACUAUCGAGUCGCUGCUUCAAUCCUUCGAAGUAAAUUGUCACAGCUUCAGAACAAAGGCUUGACCGACUCUGGUCUUGUAUUCAUCAACGAAUCGGGGAUUUGUCAUGGAUAUAUCACGCAGACCAAAUUGCAAACUGCACUACAAUUGAUCGAAAAGACGGAUGGUAUUGAAGAGUCUUCAGAGGUGUCAAUUCUUGAAGCAGGAUUGGCAGAGGCCAUCGACAGGAGCCCAUUAACCGUACCCUCUAAAGCACCUUUGGAGUAUGCAGUGGAGCUAUUUGGCAAGUUGGGCGUUAGCUACUUGGUCGUUACACAGGAGGAUACAGCGAUGGUGUUGGGAGUAAUCACAACUAAGCAACUGCUGUUGUUUUUAGAUAGAUACAGGUAG